AUGCGAACUAUAGGAGAAAAAGUUGCUCCAGCAAAUGCAGCAACCUCUGUACAGGACGCGGUCAAAGUUGCAAAUGAUCUUGGUUAUCCUGUACUUGUACGUGCAGCCUUCGCAUUAGGAGGAAUGGGGUCAGGGUUUGCUGAAAACGCUACUGAACUAGAACGACUGGCUGGUAAAGCUUUGGCUCAGACGACUCAAAUUUUCAUCGACAAAUCCUUAAAGGGGUGGAAAGAAGUUGAGUAUGAGGUUAUACGUGAUGCUUACGACAACUGUAUUACAGUCUGUAAUAUGGAAAAUGUCGAUCCUGUAGGCAUUCAUACUGGGGAAUCUAUUGUUGUAUCACCAAGUCAAACACUCUCGAAUGUUGAGUAUUAUAUGCUACGGUCUGUUGCAAUUAAAGUCGCUCGUCAUCUGCGGAUUGUUGGUGAAUGCAAUAUCCAGUUUGCGUUAGACCCACAUUCUUUGAACUAUUACAUCAUUGAAGUAAAUGCCCGACUGUCUAGAAGCUCUGCACUCGCUAGUAAAGCCACUGGUUAUCCUAUAGCCUAUAUAGCUGCUAAACUUAGCCUGGGCAGGAGUCUCCCAGAACUUACAAACAGUGUAACUGGUGAUCACACCACAGCAUGUUUCGAACCUAGUUUGGAUUACUGUGUUGUGAAAGUUCCUCGCUGGGAUUUAGCAAAGUUUUCCAGGGUGAGUCGCAAAAUUGGCAGCUCCAUGAAAAGUGUUGGUGAAGUAAUGGCGAUAGCACGCUGUUUUGAAGAGGCCUUACAAAAAUCUCUUAGAAUGACGAACGAAAGUGUCUCUGGAUUUGAUGGCUCACUCGAAGUUCCUGAUGAAGAUGAUUUAUCUGACCCUACGGAUGUACGAAUCUACAAAUUAUCUGCAGCACUACGAUCCGGCUGGUCAGUCGAACGUCUUCACGUGCUUACUUCCAUAGAUCCAUGGUUUCUAUAUCGUAUGCGCUCCAUUGUUAACUGUGCGAAAGAGUUGGAAUCGCUACAUGACGGAGCUCUCCCAAAUGCUAUGAAGUUAUUAGAAUGUAUACCAACAACCAUUCCAGACAAGAGCUCCUUUCAUACUUUAGUGCGACAUGCUGAAAAAGUGAUGAUUGCUAAAAGGCUUGGUUUCAGUGAUGUCCAGUUAGCUCGUGCUUUACGUUCGACUUCAGUCAUGGUUCGUUGGUUUCGUAAACACCUUAACUUAAAGCCACUGAUCCGCUUAGUCGACACUGUGGCAGGAGAAUGGCCUGCAACUACAAAUUAUCUUUACACAACUUAUGCAGAUAUUCCAUUAGGAAAUAUACAACAUUUACUCAAAUCCUUCCACGAUGGUCAAACAGAAACUUUAGUAUCACAGGAAAUGAUAGAUUUACUAUUAAAGUGCAUGACUGUGACCAAAACUCAUGAUGUCUCACCUGAGCAAAAAUCAAGCAUUAUGGUUCUUGGCUCUGGAGUUUAUCGUAUUGGCUCUAGUGUUGAGUUCGACUGGUGUGCUGUCGGCUGUGUCAAAGAACUUCGACGCCUGGGAUGGAAAACAGUUAUCAUCAACUGUAAUCCCGAAACUGUAUCAACUGACUUUGAUAUGUGUGACCGACUCUAUUUUGAUGAACUAUCGCUUGAACGUGUCCUAGAUAUAUAUGAAUUCGAAUCACCCAUAGGUGUUAUCGUAAGCAUGGGUGGCCAAACACCAAAUAAUAUUGCUAUGCCAAUGCAUCGUUUGGGUGUACCUAUUCUCGGUACAAGUGCUGAGUCUAUUGACAAUGCUGAAAACCGUUUCAAGUUUUCACGUUUGUUAGACUGUAUCGGGUUGUCACAGCCUAGAUGGAAAGAACUCACUGAUAUUGAUUCAGCCAAGGCCUUCUGUGAAGAAGUCGGUUACCCAUGUCUCGUUCGACCAAGUUACGUGUUAUCUGGUGCUGCUAUGAAUGUUGCAAAUGAUCAUGAUCAAUUAAUUACAUUCUUGACUGCUGCAAAAAAUAUUAGUCCAGAACACCCAGUUGUUAUAAGUCAGUUUAUUUUGGAUGCAAAGAAAUAG